UGCACAACACAGGUCGCAGAUGGUCACUGACUGUCGCCGGCACCACAAAACGCAGCAGAGGGAGGACACUUGGUUGAUGGAUGAUGCGAACUGUGAUGAUGAUGAUGAUGAUGAUGAUGGUGCUGAUGGUGCUGGUGGUUGCGGGCGGACUUUGUGGCGUGGUGGAAGCUGUGGGAGGGGAGAUGGCGACAGGGCACGAUGGAGUGAUGGCGCUGCUGGCUGCUUGUGGAUUGACUGCGGCUGUGGCUGCGGCAGCGGUGCUGUGGCACAACGUCCACAGCCUCGGCAUCCAGGUUGCUCCAGCCGACGAUGGCACUGCCGAUGCCACUGAUGACGGGACGAACAAGCAAGCGACAGCAAGCCACAGUGUACACAUUGAACGAGGCAUCAUCCCAUGGAUUGGAUGCGGCCUGUCUUUCAUCAAGAACCCAACAAAGUAUCUCGAAGACAUGAGAGCGCAGCAUGGUGACACGUUCGUCGUACUCAUGUUCGGGGUGCGGUUCCUCUUCACGUUCAGCCCUGAAGGGCUGCAGAGCUUGUAUGGGUUUCGGGAACGAGACGCGAGCUUCACAGAAGCCACAAAGGGCCUCCUCGGCCUCAAACUGCCGCAGGAAAUCCUGAGCGAGAAUGACCUGCGCAAGUUCCAUCACGGCCUGAAACCAAAACUCAUGUCCAAGUACGUGACAUAUGCAAACGUGGCCGUGCAGCAGCGGCUGCGGGAGCUUGGAGCAGAGGGCAGGUUUGAGCUGUUCCAGUACCUGAAGAAAGUGGUGCACACGAUUGGGAUGACGUGCUGGGUUGGACCCAAGGCGCUCGAACCGCCAUACUUUGAGCGGCUCAUCCGUGCCUAUGAGGCCCUUGAUCCUGAAGACGGGUUCCAGGACCUGAGCAGGCUGUUCAGCACGCUUGCACUGCGCCGCACGCGCGAGAAGCGAGCCCUCAACGACAUGGAGGCCGUGCUCAAGGCCAUCUGGCUCGAUCAAGAUGCGGAAGGAGAGGAGCCUGUUGUUGCAGAGACGGAUAUCGAAGACAACCUGGCCAACCUGCACGACCUUCAUCGCGAUCUGCCAGACAAGCAGCGGUACAGGCAGGUGGCGAUUGACGUGUUCCACUUCCAACUUGCGUCUCAGGCGAACAUGUACGCGGGCAUGGCCUGGACGCUGGUUCGUCUUCUGAAAGAGGACAAUGCCAUCUUGGAUCGCGUCUUGCACGAGUUUGAAACCGUCAAGGACAAGCACGGCGAUGAUUUCAUCAUGCAGGGGCGGUGCCUUGACGAGCUCGUGUACUUGGAGGCCGUUGUCAUGGAGACACUGCGAAUGGCCCAGCAGUCCAUCACCCUGCGCAAGACCUUGAAGCCUGUGGACAUGAAGACAGAGCGUGGCACGGUGCACAUUGAAACGGGGUGGUACGUUGGAACACUGUUGAGCGUGACCAACACUAACACGGCAUCCCUGCCUCCUACGCCGGGCGCUGCUCCACUCGACACUUUUGAUCCAAACCGCUUUCUCAGUGACGAUGGCAAGAAGGUCCAUCUGCGUGUGCCUGAGGGCACACCGCGCGGGAUGCUGAUGAGUGUGAGCGCCUUUGGGCACGGCAUCCACGCCUGCCCUGGUCGCCGCUUUGCUCUGAACAUGACGAAGAUCUGUCUCUACCACAUCCUGUCCCGCUUCACCCUCUCUGCAGAGUUUCCCAUGCCCGUGCCUCCUCCAUCGUCUGUCGGCGCCCUUGCGCGUGUCACCACCCCGUGCUACGUGUCCUACACUGCCAAGUGAACACGCCGCCGUUCCACACUGACAAGUGAUCUCGUCGUUCUGCACUGAAAAGUGAACACGUUGCCUUUCGCUGCUUUCUUUGCUGCUUCAAUUUCUCCGACUUGUCAUGCCCCAUACAUGCAGCCAGCGAGGUGG